AUGGGGCUCCUAACAAUAAUUAGAAACCAGAAACGGAAAGAUAAAGAGAUACGAAUGUUAGUUUUAGGACUAGAUAAUUCAGGCAAGACAACAAUUGUCAAGAAUAUGUUCCAAGAGGAUGUGGAUGGUAUAUCACCAACCAUGGGAUUUCAAAUCCAGUCACUAUCUUACCGAGAUUAUACAAUAAACAUGUGGGAUAUUGGAGGACAAACCAGUUUGAGAGCAUUUUGGAGUAAUUAUUUUGACAAGACUGAUGUUGUAUUGUGGGUUAUCGACGGUGUUAGUGUAGAGCGAGUCCAAGAGUCGUAUCAAGAGUUGCAUGACAAGAUUAUUGAACAGGAUAGGUUAGUGGGGGUGUAUUUGGUGAUUGCAAUCAACAAGAUUGAUUUAGUUGCCAAGAGUGAGUUAAAACAGUUGAAGGAUAAGGUGAGUAAGCUUUUACUGUUGGAAGAGGUUAUUCCUGAGCGAGAUCAUUGGAAUAUUGAGUUGGUUAGUGGUAAGACUGGGGACGGGAUAGAGCAAGUGUUGCAGUGGGUGAUUACAAGAGAGUACUGA